GUCGUACGUGCUGACGUCAGAGCACAGUGGGCGGGUAGAGCUACUAGUGGACUCACUGUAUGGCAGAGAGGUACUCCUCGCUGAACGUCACCUCCAGCACUUAUUUUUUUAUUUUUUUUACCACCCAUGUGACCCAGAAAAGUGAGGUUGGUCCGUCACACUUGUGAGGUUGACAGCUGGGCGGAUGUCUCAGCAGGUUGGCCCUCCACCUCUGCCUCUGAGGAUUCCUCAGGGCCCUGCUUUUUUGACCUUCACCAAGCCCCUACUUCUGUGGAUCUUUUUGCAGCCGGCCAGGGCUCUGUUGUUGUAGGCAUGAUGAGACGUGGGACCAGCCUACAGAGCCGCCGCAGCAAGGGGUCAGGAUCCGGGAGUGGAGACCGCGAUCCUCUCCUGAAAAGCAGCCCAAAGGCCCUGCAUCGCCGCUACACUCAUGACCCACAGCUGCACACCAGCCGCCCCCGCUCCUCUUCUGCUACUGAUACCACACCCAGUAGCCCUGCCCCUGGAUGCACAGGCGGUGAAGCUGUGCUGUCAUCGGGGUACCAGUCCACAGAUGAGACAGACAGGACUGAGCGGCUGGAGUUUAGCGGGCUGGUCCAAACUCCUCUCACAGCGGACACUUCAUACCCGUCGACUGAGGAUGCGAUUGUGGAUCCUCUGCGCACCAAGCAGGCGAUUGCCCAGCUGCAGCAAAAGAUCCUCAAGCUGACAGAACAAAUUAAGAUCGAGCAGACAGCACGGGACGACAAUGUUGCUGAGUACCUCAAACUGGCCAACAAUGCGGACAAACAGCAGAGCACACGCAUUAAGCAGGUGUUUGAGAAAAAGAACCAGAAGUCUGCACAGAGCAUCCAGCAGCUCCAAAGAAAACUGGAGCACUACCAUCGUAAGCUGCGGGAAGUCGAGCACAACGGUAUCCCACGACAACCCAAGGAUGUUCUUCGGGACAUGCAACAAGGCUUGAAGGACGUCGGCGCCAAAGUUACAGGCUUCAGCGAGGGUGUAGUGGACAGCGUCAAGGGGGGGUUGUCCAGCUUUUCCCACGCCACGCACUCGGCCGCUGGGGCUGUUGUCUCCAAACCACGGGAGAUUGCCUCGCUGAUUAGAAACAAGUUUGGCAGCGCCGACAACAUCCCCUCUCUGAAAGACUCGUUGGACGAUCCUUCGGGGGAGGAAUGCGUGGCAGGGUUGGUAGGUGGUCGUUCGCUGGGCAGUGCCGGCCAUCACUUCCAGUCCAGUCCAAAGUACGGCAGUGAAGAUGACUGCUCUAGUGCCACGUCUGGCUCAGCAGGGGCCAACAGUACUACAGGGGCCCCUGGAGGGCCCCCCAGCUCUAAGGGUAACACACUGGAGAGGGCUCAGAGCUCAAGCCUGGACAUGCUGCUGCAGGAGGUGCAGGACCUAAGGGACAGCCAGGCACGCCUCGAGGAGAACCUGGAUUGCUUGAAGAAUCAGUAUCAGGGAGACUACACAGUCGUGAUGCAGGCGCUGCAGGAGGAACGCUUCAGGUGUGAACGCUUGGAGGAGCAGCUUAACGACCUGACGGAGCUUCAUCAGAAUGAGAUACUAAACCUCAAACAGGAGCUGGCCAGCAUGGAGGAGAAAAUAGCCUACCAGUCGUAUGAGAGAGCACGAGACAUUCAGGAGGCUUUGGAGGUGUGUCAGACCAGAAUUUCCAAGAUGGAGCUCCAUCAGCAGCAACAGCAGGUGGUCCAGUUGGAGGGGCUGGAAAAUGCCACGGCCAGGAUGCUCUUGGGAAAACUAAUCAAUGUGCUGCUGGCCCUUAUGGCUGUCCUUCUGGUUUUUGUGUCAACUGUGGCCAAUUGCGUGGUCCCUCUUAUGAAGACGCGCUCUCGCUCAUUCUCCACCCUCCUCCUUCUCAUCCUCACGGCCUUCUUGUGGAAGAACUGGGACGCCCUGUCGACUUACAUGCAGCGCGCCCUCCAGUCCCCAAGAUGAGCGCCGUACUUGACUUACUUCACUCACACCAGGUGAUGAACGUGUGGCUGCUGUCAUGCAGGGACUUAGACAAAAGCUUGGCGAAGAUGGCUGUGUGCAAAAUCUGGCUGAGCUCAUUUGGGACGUCGCUCGGAAUCAAUGCAGAGAGAGGGAAAGCGAGUUGCGAGCACAUGAUUCUGAGCUAGGAAAGACAAGACUGUUUACAUUUUUAAAAGUUGUCGUGUUGAUAUCCCUUACAUAACACAGUGUUGUACUAUUUUUAUCUUGAAAGUUAAAUCAGCUCACGCUAAAAGUUCCAUUUACAAUGUUAUUUUAUUCUGUAUGAUGUAGCAUCGUGCCACCUGGAGAGGAGUAUAGGCAGGAAACUGGGCUCAUGCUACUCACCUCAAACUAGUGUAAUGAUUUGGUGGAUUGCCUUGCAGAACACACCUCAGCUAAACUGCAACUGGUAGAUUUGAACCAAAACCUCAAACACGGGGUGCUCUUGUUCUUUUUUGCUGUGAUCAAAUGUGUCAGGAUGGAACAGUUUGAAAGACUGGACUGAAUGAACCUUUGCCUACUUCCUAGUAUUUCUAAUAGCACACAGGUUUUUAUUAAUUUUAUUUGAAAGUUGCACUAUUAAACAGUAUGGAUUUUAACUUAUGUGGGUGAGUGAUGCACAUGACCCGAGGACAUCUGCAGAGUGUCAAAUCAAUGCAAUAUUUGCAUCUAUGAAAUGAAGACACAUGACAUUUGAGCAACAUAUUGUCCAAGUAAAACCAAUUUUCUCUUAUAAUUGCCUCCCUCAGCCAUGUUGACCUGCAGAGAACAUCUCAGAUGGACCAGGGGGUUGUUGCUUUAUACCCACAGUGUUUCCACUGCCAUGCCAGUUAAAAACACUCUGCCCAUUUAUCAGGUUUUUUCUUUUCAUCGCACGCUUAUUUUCUCUGUGCAUUCCUCUUUUUGCUCAUGGAGAAAUCAGCCAAACCUGAGUCUACCCAAGCAUGCUUGAGGGGUUCAACCAGCAGCUCUGUCAUGGAUGUUGAGACUCGGAUUUUAUUGGUAAAGGCUUCUUCAGGUUUAACAUUAUGAGGUAUAAAUUUGGAGUCUGCGUUGUGUGUUGCUAACUCUUGCCUCCCUGAGUACACGUUGUCAUCUUGUCGAGGAUACAAGCUGAUGAACUGUACAGCUGCACCUUAGCACUCAAUUAGACAUCACAUACUGUAGGUUAAGCCUUUUGAUUCGCCACUUUUGGCGACGAGCGUCCUCAGAGAGAGGAGUCCACCGCGCUCACAUUACACUCACUUUAGUCAAAAUGGCAACGUGAUUCUUUUCAAUUUUACCGAAAACUAAACGUUUUUAUUUGACCUCAGCAUGACCUUGAUGUUGGUUUAUGUCAUAAACCACUCCAGUGCCUUUGGACAUGCUUUUCCAAGUGUGGAAUAAAUAAAAUGCAUUCCUAAUCA